AUGCGCGGGAAGUGUGCACGCGUGGACGAAGAUGUCUUUGGCCCCGUGGUGGAGGGCUGCCUGGACGACUUCGACUUCACGUUGCUCUUCGAAGAGACGAUCCUAUUCGUGCUCCCCGCCUCGUGUCUGCUGCUGCUGGCACUUGCAUGGCGGGGACCUGAGCUCAUCCGUGCUAAUGUCGUCGUACGCUCAUCUCUCCUAGGGCUCUUCAAGUUGAUUAUUUACCCUCUUAUUUUCAUCUCACAUAUACUCUUCCUUGCCUUUGCCUGCAAGAAUACUUCUGCCAACACUCGAGCGACGAUUCCCGUUACCGCAAUUGGGCUGCUCGCGAUCGUCGUCAUGGGCGCCCUGUCAUACCUAGAACAUCGAAGAUCUCCUCGUCCCUCGUCACUCCUCACGUUGUACCUCCUUGCCGCUGCGCCGUUGAAUGCGGCUCGCGCCCGCACUCUGUGGUACAUGCCGAGUUCGGAUGGCGUCGUUAUAAGUUUUACUGUUACUGUGGCCUUGAUGGUGAUCGCUCUUGGACUAGAAGUGGCACCAAAGGAUGCCCUCAUGAGGGAAGAGGGCGUCGGAAAGCCUUCUCCUGAAGAGAGGCGCGGCAUUGUGGAACGUUCGUUACUCACUUGGAUUGCACCGACUUUUGCAUAUGGUUACCGGAACACAUUCACAUCCGCGACGAUGCCUUCGGUCGAUCCCAGGUUGACUACUCUUGUCCAACUCCACUGGCGAGACCUGCUCAGUCCGAUACUCCCACGCGCUUGCUUUCUAAGCUUGACCCUAGCACAAGCCUUUCUUGUCGAGACGGCCACGGCGUCGGUCUCCAAUCCUAAGGCUACUCAACAGUCCCAGAACGCGCUAGUUGGUGCCUAUGUGUUGGUCUACCUUGGCAUGGCAGUCAGUCGCUCCCUGCCGUUGAUAGACCCAGAGGUAACAUACUGUCUUUAUCGCCAGAAUGCCGUGCGGGCUGCCGUCGCCAUGCGAGCCAGCCUUACAGACUUUGUAUUCCAACGCCUUUCGCACCUAGACUCUGCGAUCGAGCUCGCCGGCUCAGCUACGACCUUGGUCAGUGCAGACAUUGAGCGUAUUCAGUUCGGUUUUCGCGAUAUCCACGAAAUCUGGGCCAACAUGAUCACUACAGCGAUAUCACUGUUCCUAAUUGAGCGUUCCAUUGGUAUUGCCAUGGUUACUGGGCUUGGUGUCUCCAUUGUGGGAGCAGUCUGCAUGGCUGCUGUAUUUCUUGUGUCGCUUGGCGGCAGCAAAGCUCAGAAACACUGGUUCGAAGCUACCGAGACCCGCGUCGCUCAGGUGGUGAAGAUUCUGGCCGAGUUCAAGAGUAUCAAGAUGAUGGGUUACACAGCUGCGCUCCUUAGCAGUCUCACUGCCGCAAGGGUUCACGAGGUCCAACGUUCUCAGAGGUUUCGAGCGUUCGUGAUUGUGGUAGCCACGUUGGCACAAGCCGCCACUGCACUAGUCCCGGCUUUUGGAUUCGCCACGUACGUGCUGCUGCACAACUCUGGCGACGGGGAGGUCUUGAGUGCCAGUGUUGCCUUCGGGACAUUGACGCUCUUCAACAUCCUCACGUCGAGUAUCGGGCAACUGAUCGAUUCAAUAUUUGGCACGGUGACAGCCGUAGGUUGCAUUUCGCGCGUACAAGAACUGUGCACCAAGCACUACAGGUUAGACCCUCGUAAAACAAACAGUCCGGCUGAGCCUCCGCAAUCAGGCGUGGCCAUGAAUCAUGCCAGCGCAAAGUACGAUGAGGACGGCCACGACGUUAUCCAGAAGGCCAGCUUCGAAGUCAAGCCCGGCAUGGUCGUUCGCGUGGUAGGCCCAAUAGCAUCAGGAAAAUCCACGCUUCUGAAAAUGAUACUUGGUGAGGUGCGUUACUGCGCGGGUGAGGUAGCUGUCGGCGACAAAAUCAUCGGCUAUUGCGAUCAGAACCCCUGGUUGGAUCAUGUUAGCAUCCGGGAAAACAUUACUGGUCCCGCGCCUUUCGACCCCGAACGAUACGCUAACACGAUUCGCAUUUGUGCACUGGAGGCUGACCUGGAGAGCAUCCCCGGAGGAGAUGCCUGUCUUUGUGUUGGCAACGGGACCACUUUGAGCGGAGGCCAAAAGACUCGCAUUGGUUUAGCUCGUGCCAUCUACGCACGCCCGCGGAUCUUGGUCUUGGAUGAUUGUCUGAGCGGAUUAGAUGCCAACACGGAGCAUCUCGUGCUUGAGAAUCUCGUCGGUGCACGCGGCUUCAUUCAAGAACAUUCCAUCACUACUUUCUUGGUCUCGAGUUCACGGAAGCCUUUGCCUAGCAGCAUCGCAACGCUUUCGCUGGGGCCCGAAGGACCCGUACUGACUGAAAGCGCGUCGUACCAACAGCACGUCGCAUCUCCAUUGUCCCACGAUUCGAACACUGUGCGUGUAGCACGUUCCAGGGAGUUGAGUGAAGACAACAACACAGAAGCGCGACUCUUGAUAGAAGCGAACGGCGAUCGCCUUGAAGGGUUUGAGAAGUCAGGGGAACUCGCUCUCUACGUCAUGUUUAUGAAGGUUGCUGGAAGAAUCGGGUUGUUGGUAUUCGUCUUCCUGGUUGUCAUUUUUGUAGUGGGAAUUACUUACCCGCACUUCGGUAGAUCAGCACAGCAGUAUUGGUACCCUUACGGGCCUCUACUUGGGUUUGAGCAGUCUCGCCUUGUGCGCAUUCGCGGCAGCCUGUGUACAAUUCACACUGGGAAUCGCACCACGCAUUUCCAUCAAAUUUCACGCAUUGCUAGCCAAAGCGCUUCUUUCGUAUUACCACCAGGUAUGUAUCAAGUCAUAAGCUUGGGAUCGCUGACGGAUCCCUUGAACAGAUUCGCUCAAGACCUUGCCAUCAUAGAUCAAGAAGUUCCCUUAGCCUUUAUCGGUACUGUCCUCGUCUUCUUGCAGCUGCUGGCUCAAUGCGUCACUCUCAUCAUUGGUUCGCACUAUUCGGGAAUAGCUAUCCCCUUUCUGCUGGUAGUGGUGUAUUGCAUCCAAUCUGUGUAUCUGCCGACGUCCUGUCAAUUACGGUUGCUGGAUCUUGAGGCCAAAGCUCCUAUUGUGUCACUGUUUGUUCGAUCUGUCGAAGGCCUCGCGACCAUCCGAGCUUUCGGGUGGUUGAGUCAUACCCAGAUCCAGUCAAGGAGACAUAUCGUCGCAUCUCAAGUGCCGUUCUACCUCCUAGCGACCGCGCAGAACCUGCUCAGUCUUGUCCUCGAUCUCGUGACUGCGGCCCUUGCGAUCAUCGUCAUCUCAAUCUCGGCCAGAACGCAUGAGGCGGGCCUUGGGCUGGCGCUGUUCAGCAUAGUGGGAUUGGGCACCUCGAUCAAACUCUUGAUUUCGCAAUGGACGGAGCUGGAAACCUCCCUCGGUGCUAUGCGGCGCAUCAACAACUUUGCUGAAAAUACUCCCUCCGAGUUCUCGCCCUAUAGAAGCACGAUGCCACCCUUCGACUGGCCGAGCAAAGGGACGGUAGAGUUCUGCAAUGUUUCACUGGCAUACAGUGAUACUAUGCCUCCUGUCGUAUCUAAUGUAACACUCAAGAUCCGGCCAGAGUGGAAGGUUGGAAUUUGCGGGCGCACUGGCAGUGGGAAAAGCACACUCAUCUCGUCUAUCCUCGGUCUCGUUCACAUACAGCAGGGUAGCAUAAUCAUCGACGACAGGAACAUCUCUGUCCUCGAACCAGACUCGCUACGUUCGAGCAUAACAGUGGUCCCGCAAAAUGCCCUGUUGCUACCUGUGGACGUGCGGACGAAUCUGACUCUAGGUGCGGUACAAGUUCCUAGUGACGAAAAGAUUAUCGCGGUCCUCAAAGAGCACGGCCUGUACGAAAGGUUCCAUGAGCGAGACGGCCUCGACACGCUCAUCGUUGACGAUCUGCUUUCCCAUGGAGAGAAGCAGAUCUUCUGCAUCGUGCGAGCACUCCUUCACAAGAGUCGCUUGGUUCUGCUGGACGAACCUACGAGCAGAGCCGAUACCAACACUCAGCAAAUCAUGGACUCUGCUGUGCUGGGAGGCUUCGAGGGCUCGACGGUACUCUAUGUCGCGCACCGUCUCGAGAUCUUAUCGCAGUUUGACCGCGUCAUGGUCAUGGACAAAGGUCAGAUCGCCGAAUUUGGCGACCCGCGCGAGUUGCUGCAGAAGCCCGACUCGCUCUUCGCCAGCACGUUCAGCAAGGCAAACUCACAGAUCAGCAGCCAAAAAUCGUAG